GAACAAGUACGCCUUAAGCUAACAUGGCAACCGCAACAACUUCCAAUAGCGACGAAUUAUCAAACUAUGACGAUGAUGAUGAGUUUCAAGACGCUUGUGACAACGAAGGCGCUUCAGCUUCUUGUACGCUGGAUUUGGAUACAGCAUUAGCAGAAGCAAAGAUCGCUGUGGAUUUGUUUUUCAACAAUAAGUUUAAUGAAGCGGAAGCUCUAAUGAAACCAAUGGCUACUUCCAGCAUGUACCAUUCAGUGGGGCACAGCGUUUUUACAUAUUUGGAAGCAAUGCUUACAUUUGAACAACAGCACAUAGCAGCUGCAUCCGAAGCAUUAAAACAGUGUUUGGGCGUUUGUAACCGCUUUCGAAAGAAGAACACUCUUACGGAGACAAUAGGUAAGACAUUUAAGAAGGUUAAUUAUGAUCAGUACACCGAUAUGGAAGCCCAUGCCGAACUGUGUUCAGCAGAAGCAUUGCUGCUGAAAGCAAUGUUAACAUUUAUUGAGGAUGAAACAUUAACGAGUUUGAUAAAGGGUGGAAUGAAGAUUAGAAAUUGUUUUGCUAUGUAUAAAGAAUGCAAUAACAUACUCAAUCAUCGCCAAUGGGAGUCAGAAAGUUCAAAGUUGCAUUUUGAAAGCGGUGUUCGAAUGGGGCUAGGAACGUUUAAUCUUAUGAUAUCGUUGCUUCCAGCCAGAAUAAUAAAACUUUUGGAGUACAUAGGAUUCUCGGGAAACAAGCAAUCCGGUAUGCAGGAUUUAGUUACUGGAUCACAAAGCGAAGGCAUACGACAGGUUCUGUGCGUGAUGACACUGCUUGGAUACAACCUGAUCGUUUGUUAUGUGUUGAGUCACAAAGAGGGAGAUUUACGUUUUUGUGAUGAGCUGUUAGUAAAGCAACUGAAACAGUAUCCGGAUGGUGUGUGGUUCCUGUUCUUCAAGGGUCGUCUGGAAUUCAUGAAAGGAAAUCUUGAUGAUGCCUUAAUGUGGUAUAAAAAGUCUUGGAAGUCGCAAAACGUUUGGCCCCAAUUUCACCAUUUGUGUUUUUGGGAGCUGCUCUGGGUCAACUGCUUACGACUGGAUUGGCGGGAGUCAUUGCUUUAUGCGACAUACCUUGUCGAAAACAGUAAAUGGUCACGUACGAUUUACACAUAUCAGAAAGCAUCGAUCAUGUGCAUGCUAAAAACAGAAGACAUGCAUUCUAGUGAAGUGCGUACGAUUGCUACACUGAUGAAGGAAGUUCCAAAAUACAAACAACGAAUAGCAGGCAAAUCUCUACCGAUGGAGAAAUUUGCCUGCAAAAAAACCGAACGAUUCUUUACUCAGCAGUCGUUUUUAUAUGUGCCAGCUUUAGAACUAAUGUAUGUUUGGAAUUUAUUCAAAAUAUUGGGCAAACACUUUCACUUAGCAGACGGCGUCUACCGAAUAGUGGAGGAAAAUCUUAAUCAUUUCAACGAAUGCAUGAACUCAAAAACUAAUCCAACAUACGGAGUCUACGCAGCUGAUAAUAAGGCUUUACUUAUGUUACUUAAAGGUGCUUGCCUGCGGCAGAUGAAUAGCCCUCUACAAGCGACACGGUGCCUUGAGGACGUAAUUGCAAUGUAUAAAGAUAUUAAAGAGGAUCAUUACCUGGUGCCGUAUGCAAUUGUAGAGCUCGCACUUAUCUACAUUGACCAAGGCAGUAAAGAUCAAGCAAUUCUAGCGCUUGAAGAUGCGAAGAAGAAUUAUACCGGUUACUCACUAGAAUCACGUCUUCAUUUUCGCAUACAUACGGCACUCAUGGAGAUUAAAGGUAAAAGCUACGAAAACAUUCCAACUGGCGUAUAAUGAAAUAUGUAUGUCACUAUCAAGAAUCACGAAUAUUCGUCAAAUAGAUGGCAACACAACAACCUUUCUUAUUAUCACCAAAUUUGAUCUGAUGAGAAAUUGAAUGCAUUUAUACGAUAAAAAAAGUCGUGGAAUUUACAAUCAACAAAUAAUUUAGCAUGUCAUUCGGAAUUAUUGCCUAGUCAUGAAAUUCAAAGAAAUUCAUUUACUAUGCCAUUGAUUUAUUUUUAAUUGGAACAUGUUUUAUUUUUUUUCAUAUUUCGCUUAAAGCAAAUUUAUAAUAGAUGUUGACUCUUGAGCUAUGCUCAAGACAAUUGCGAAAAUUCUUUGGUGCUUGUUAUUGGAGUUCCAUGAUCGGUAUAGUACCACCUACAUUUGAUUUUUUUUCGGUGAGCUGUGGUAAGCUCUAAUGUUGUGUAAAAAAAGUUAAGGGAGAAGGUUAAAAUAAAAAUGCAAAUGAAA